GACACCUGACCGCUGACCCGCCGCCCCGAGACGAGGGGAAGCGAAGCGAAACGAGAAGGCCACCUCUCCGCCCUCCGGAAAUAUUCUAGAGCCCUCGCGAGCGCCAACUGAACCUUCUCCAACUCUCGCAUUCCCUCCCCCUCGUUUUAAUUCCCCGCGCCACCGCUGCCGCAUUCCAAUUCCGAUUCCAACUCUGCGCGGAGACUUUCGCUUUCCCGCAUUGCGAUUCGACUGUGAGCCGCGGCUCGAUUACCCGAGACGCUACCACUUGCGAGAGCGGGAGGAGCGCAGCGGCCGGCGGCGCGCGGCGGAACGGGAGUGGGCCAUGGACGCCGCGCCGGCGCUGAAGCGGAACGGCGAGGAGGCGCCCGAGGCGUGGCUGCUCGGCGGGGUCCCCGUCCCCGCAACCAAGAUCCGGCGACUCGACGCGGAGGUGCCGCCUGUCGGGUCCGGCGCGGGCGUGCUGCCACAGCCGCAACAUGCUUUCGGGGUGGAGGCGGCGCCGGUGAGCGGCCACGUGGGGGCACCGCCGGCCAUGGACGCCACGCCGUUGCUGAAGAGGAAGGGCGAGGAGGCGCCGCAGCCGUGGUUCGACGUCGACGGGGUCCCUAUACCCGCCACCAAAAUCCGCCGACUCGACGCCGAUGUGCCGCCUGUCGAAUCCGCGGUGGGCGUGCCGCUUGUUGAGCCCGUGACGCCGCAGCCUUUCGUGGUGGGGCACUUGCCGAUGAGCAGCGACGUGGCGCCGCCGGCCGCGGCCAUUGGCGUGGCUGCGCCGGCGGUGAACGAGGAGCGUGCGAUCGUGGUGUACCAGCCUGCCGAGGCCGCACGCAACCUCCUGCACGGCCCACUCCGCCCGGGGGCGUCUCUCCGCGUCAGCCCCGACUGGAUCCAUGGGCUCAAGAGCACCAUGCUGCAAGAGGCGAGCAACUACAGGGCUCUGUUCGAGGAGAUGGCCGCCGGGGACGAGAACCUCAGCCUGGCCAUGGUCCCGUGGGCGCCCGCAAAGGCCCACGCCCAUGCCGCCUCCAGCUCCACAUCGGCAGGCGCGGAAAUGAUGGACGCUGAUCAGGACGGCGACGGCGCAUCCAUGGAGGUCGAGCACGGCGUGGAGAGCCAGACCUCUACGCCCCCAGCUGGCGGUGCGAUGCAGGGGGAGGCGUUCCACCACCAUUACCAGCAGCCGCAGCAGCACCAGUGGCCGGCGCAGCACUGCGUUGCGUCGCCGCAGCUGCAGCUCCCGGCCGCGAGCUACCAGCCAAGCCCUGUCACGUGGUCGUGGUGACUGGUGACGGCGCGAACCAGAGCACGGUAGAAUAGAUUAGGAUCUCGGAUAGUCUAGUCGGAUCUCCUUUCAGCUCAGUUUGGCUCUGCUGGGUUUUGGUUUUGGGGCUGUGAAAAUGGAAAAGCGCGAGCUUCUGAGCAGACUUUGGGAGAGAUGUCGAUGCCAUCUCACGAUGGAUGCCAUCCGUUUUUUGCACGAGGCAGUGAUGUUGUUGUCAGAUCUGUGCUUGCUGCGAUCUGUGUAGUGGAACAUUUGUUCCUUCGUUGGAGUCUGCUGAUGUUCCAUUUUCAAUUUGGGCCUUGUUUAGUUCA